UUUUAUGAAAAAAAUAGUUAUACAAUUAUUAUUAUUAGCACUCCUUGUCGAAAAAGUUUUUCUAGAUUCCUCAUAUAUGUUGAUGAUAACAAUAAUAAUGUCCUUUUUGUUAAUACUUCAAAUCACAAAAGUCACAAACAUAACCAACCAGAAAUAGAUCAUCAUUAGGAUUCUUUUUUCCCGUUCUUUUUUUUUUUUUGCCUGCUUUACACUUUUGUGUUUUCUUGAAUUCCUUCCAAUUUCAAUUUUGGGAGAGAAUUCAAUUUUUAAUCCACCUCCUCUGAAAACCCUAGUUCCAAAUCCCCCAUUUUACCAUAAAUAAACUCUUGUUUUACAUAAAUGUGAAAUCCCUUUUCACAGUUCCCUCAUAAUCUUGUUUUAACUGCAUAAAGUUUGGAUCUUUUUGUCAUAGUAUUCAAGAUUCUUGUUUUAUUUGGUUAAAGUUUGAAUCUUUUUAUCAUAGUUUUCAAGAAUCUUGUGUUUUAAGGAGAUAUGAGUAUUGAUAAUGAUGUUCUUAGAGGAGGAUUACAUGUGUCAGAUGAAUUGUUGGGGACUAUUUUGCCAAUAGUGGUGUAUUGGGUUUAUUCAGGAUUGUAUUGUUUGCUUGGGGGUAUGGAGAAUUAUAGGUUGCAUACUAAGAAAGAUGAAGAUGAGAAGAAUUUGGUUACCAAGAAAGAGGUUGUUAAAGGGGUUCUUCUUCAACAGGUUGUUCAAAGUAUUGUUGCUACAGUUCUCUUCGCGGUCACAGGUAAUGACGGCGACUCUGAAGGAAAUCAACAUGGCUUCCUUGUUCUUGUUAGACAGUUGUUUGUUGCCAUGGUCAUCUUAGAUACUUGGCAAUACUUUAUGCAUCGCUACAUGCAUCAAAACAAGUUCUUAUACAAGCAUAUCCAUUCUCAGCAUCAUCGGCUAGUUGUUCCAUAUGCAUUCGGAGCUUUGUACAAUCAUCCUUUAGAGGGUCUGUUACUUGACACUAUCGGUGGGGCUUUAGCUUUCCUUUUCUCAGGCAUGUCUCCUCGGGCUUCCAUCUUCUUUUUCUCGUUUGCUACCAUCAAAACAGUCGAUGAUCAUUGUGGACUAUGGCUACCUGGAAACCUUUUCCAUAUCGUCUUUAAAAACAACUCAGCAUACCAUGAUAUUCAUCACCAACUUUACGGAAGCAAGUAUAACUUUUCACAGCCUUUCUUUGUUACCUGGGAUAGGAUACUUGGUACAUAUAUGCCAUAUGCACUCGUGGAAAAACCAGAAGGGGGUUAUGAAGCUAGGCCUGAUAAAGAUUGCAAGGAUGACUGACAAAACUGUUAGUACUUGUUUAAAGUAUGUACCACUGCAAUUUUACCCAGUAUUUGCCUUUCUCAGUAAUCUGUAUAUAAUUUUAUAUGUUUCUGCAUAUAUUGUUGUAUUACUGGUUUUCUUUUUGAGGUUGAAAAAGAAAAAAAAAGGAAAAUAAUGUCUUUUUUUUUUUGGUUAUAGUGUCUGGUUUCCCCUAAUUAGCUGUAGGUAGAAGAGGACUACAGGUUAAAGAUUGGUUUGUGUAUCAAUCAAGUGAGAUAUCUUUUUCUCAAGUGUUCUCUACCAUAGCUAUGUUUUGUCCUCUGAUAGAGGAUUGUGGAAAUGUAAAAAUUUUACGUGUACCUUAUUUGGACACCGCUAUUUAACCUGUACCAAGUUUUAAGAAUUUUUUGCACGUCUAUCCACUCCGGUAUACUU